GUUUGAUGAUAGAAGCAGCAGGGUGGAGGAAGGCAGGGAGGGAGAGUGAAGACAGAGAGGACGAGGGAGAAUCGAGAUCAGACAAAAAACACAGAUUCACGCUGAAGAUCUGAGGAGAAAACAGAGAACAUGAACCUGGAUCAGUAUGAUGACAGCCAAAGUGACAGUGGCGUGUCUGCUGAUUUCUCCCUGAACAGCAUGUCGGAUAAUGAGACGCCAAUCGAGAAGGAAAUACGCCUCGCUUUCAAACGAGAGCAGAGCCUUCGCCGCUCACGAGGCCUGGACAACACCAAAGAGUUCAUCGAGAUCCCACUCAGAAAGUCCGUCCUCUCCCAAGAUCCCCCAGACAAAGUACAGAAGGACCACAGCAAGGAGCGUCAGUUCGCUGGGAAGAAGAUGCAGCGUGAGAUCUAUGCUGAAGCUGAGAGAGAGAAGGUGCUGGUCAAGCUCGGGAGGCUGCCUGGAUUUUACGACAAAGGAACUGUGAGACAACUUCAGGAGAAAAAGCUUCUUUUUGAAGCAUUCCAGGAAUCCAAAGAUCUCCAAAUCUCCAGUGAUGGAACUCAGGAAUCCUUAAACAGCAUGGAGAUACUAUUCCAGAACCAUUCCUCAAUCCAGCCCACUGAGACUUCACCCAAAGGUCAUCAGAACUCAAAAAAUCAGGAUCAUGAAACAUUCAGAACUGUCCAGGAGCUGAAGAACAGGGGAACAUCCAGCGGUUCUUCCUGUAAGAUCCUUGAUGGUGGAUAUCGGGACAGCUCAUCUAAGGAAAACACAAGGCACAUGGGGCCGAAUUCUCCUCAAUUUUUCCCAUCUCUGAAGGAGAAGAAGCUUCUGUUUGAAUCCCUCCAGGAGAAUAAGGAUCUUCAGAGCUCCAGAGAUCAGGACACUGAUGUUUCUGGAUCUUUUAAAGCACAGAGGAAAAGCAUGGACAUCUUUUUCCAGAACCAAACUUCUGGAUUAAAAACCACCCAGGAACCCAAAGAUCUCCAGAUCAAAAGAAAUCAGGAUGACAAGAUGCUGGAAAUUUCUAAGGAACCGGCGAUGAACCCUGGAAAAGUCCAGAACCCAAAACUGUGUGGUCCAGGGUUCUCAGAGGCUGUGGAACAGCAGGUGAUAAUCAUUGAGAACAAUCCUACAGUGGUUUCGCACACAAACAGGCAGGUUUACAAACCAGUCACUGCGAUGGACUUAAGAACCAUUAAAUCAUCACCCGAGGAACUUCAUCACAACUCAGUCCAAAACCCGAUAGCUAACAGCGAAGAACUAAAAGAGAACCCAUUCUUCAAGCUGAGAUCGUCACUGUCCCUACUCCCAGACAUGCAGAAGGACAUUCAAGAAGCAAAAAAGCGGGAGGAAGAACUGCACAAACAGAGGAUGUGUCUCUAUGGCAACAGGUCAAAGGUCACAGUCUCACCGAGCAGAACCACUUCAACACACAGCAACACAAACACACCAGGACAGAACCUGAACACCUCACCAGUGAGUUCCUCAUUUGGAAAGUUGGAUCUAACAUGGCCGCCUCCUUCUCUACAGAACAGACACAAAACACAGCCUGAGGUAAAGGAACAGAGACAGAUGAACCUGUUAGUCCAGCGCUGGGAAUCUGGUCUGAUCAAUGGACACACCAAAGACCAUCACAACUGACCACAGAGCAAACACACACCUCCUGAAGACCAAUGAGAACAUCAGCCUUCACUUUAAACACCUGCUAAGACUGUUAAACACCAAUGCUAAUCAGGACAUCACACCUGACACACACUCACACACACAUACAUACUCACACACCUGACACACACACACACAUAUACAUAUACACACAUACACACCUGACACACAAUCACAUAUAGAUACACACACACCCACACAUUCACAAAAAAAAGUGUUUAAUUCAGUCUUUAAUUCAUUACUCACAUAGCUGGCUAACAUGUUAAGCUAGCCACUAGCAAAUUCUGUCUCUUUAGUGAUUUAGCAGUGCUAUGCUAGCUAGCCAACUGUUUCAUUAUCGAAUCUUUAAGAGGUGUUUAUUAUUACAUUUUUGUUCCAGUGUUGAUCUAGUUUAUAGACUGAUAGCUAGCAUGUUGGCCAUCUCUUCAGUUAUUUAUGUUUAGCUACCAAAUGCUAGCUAUUCAGAUAUUUUUGUUUAGCUACUCCACUGACAGGAUGCCAACUUAGCACUAGCCAGUUAGCUCUAUUUAAUAUUUUACAUUAUAGCACUAGCGAGCUAUUUAGGUUUAGUCAGUGUAUUCUGGAGAGAGAGAUUCUUGUUAUUUAUUAUCAGCAAGCUCACUGUAGCUAGUUUUAGCAAACCUUUUCUUAUCAUUUUUAUUGAUUAAAACACUUUGAACCUCGCGUCCCUGUGCCACAGUGUGAGUGUAAUGCGUGAGUACCACAGUGCCCUCCGCUGAGGAAAAGAAGAAAAAUGAGUCUCUCCUUUACGAAGCACAAUUUAUGUUUUUAGCUUCCACCACAGCUGAAGACAUCAGGUGUCCAUCUGCUCAGGUGGAGCUGAGACUUUAACCUCGACCUCCACUUCAUUUACUCUGAGGCUGUGUCAUUAUUCAUGUUGUUCUGCUCCACUGAAAUCUCUGCUCAUGACUUGUAUAAAUAUUUCACAGCCUGAUCCCCGGGACUGUAAAGUCACGCGCUGAAUCAUCCAGAAACAACGGGGAGAAAAGAAUGAGAAUAAAAGCGGGGCUUCGUUACCACCUGCUUGUGGACAUUUCACAGGCAAAUCCUGAGAUCACACACACACACACACACACACACUCGAGUACUGAACGCCUCAUUGUGUGUGUUCAGGGCGUGAGACAGACAUUCCUUCAGCACACAGAAACGAGGACACGCCCACUCAUCACGCAGUUUCACCCUCACCCUGAAGGACACGCCCACUCACCCACUCAGCACU